AUGCAGUUGCAUACGUUGUUAGUCGCGUUUUGUAAUCUUGUAAAGGCUGCAGAAGGAAGUGACGUGCACGAGUUUCCACCUACCACAAUCGAGAACUUUAGCCAAAAUCCAACACGGUUAGAAGAUGACGCUGAAAACCCACAGACUACGGAGAUAUCAAUCAACCUUUCUACGAAUGGAUACGUUGCUUACCCUGGACAAUUCCCGUACUACGCGCAAUUGUUAAUAAAAAAUGGUGUUCAAUCAGUUACUACCAUUUCUACCGGAUCCCUCAUCACACCGGAUCACAUUCUGACGGUUGCGCAAGGCUUGCGAAAGCCCAAAACUCAUGGGUUUGCAGUUUUGGGUAACGACGACGGAAGUGACACAACAAUGCAGCAGCGUAUCAACUUCACGCAAAGUGGUGUACGGUAUCAUCCGGAGCACGAUAUUGCAACCAUUCGUUUGGAUCAUUCGGUAACCUUUACCAAGUUUGUGCAACCGAUUCGUUUGCCUAGACUAUCCGACUCUCGCACGUAUGAAAUGAUGGAGGGUAUAAACGUCCGAGGGUAUACGACAACGUCGAGAUAUAUACGCAAUCAGAUAAUGUCGAACGACGAUUGCCUAAAGCAACAUCCUCAAAUGGACAUUUCUUCAUACCAUAUUUGUACGAAUACUUACUUUGGAGGUGCUUUCUGUAACAGAGCGUACGGUUCUGGGUUGAUCGUUGAUGGAGAGAAAGAACGAAUACUGAUCGGUAUUACUAUUUUGGCUUCAUUGUGCAAUGUGAACUAUCCAAUAGUUUAUUUACGUGUUUCGGAGUUUCGCGAUUGGAUUAGUACGAACUCGGAUUAUGUGUUUGAUGCUUAG